GUGGUCAAGGACGUGUUCGUGGUCGUGGUCAAGGUCGUACUAGCCUUAGCAAAUCAUUAGAAGAACCUCAACGUAGUACUCGUGUUUCUGCUAAACCAGCUUCGUCGAACUCUGAAACUCUAAUGCAAGUUGAUUAUGACGCAUGUAUUGGUUUUAGUUCAGAUAUAACACAAGCUGUUGAACACACUUUAUCUAAUAUUGAAACUUCAAAAUCUAUGACUUCAAAACCAACUACUAUAGCUUCAUUAAUGAAUGAUAAUACUGUCACAGAUGAAAUGUCAGAAGUUCAUAUGACUGAAGCAUUUCAGUCUGAUUUUAUAGAACCUAACUAUGAAAGAUUUCAUAAUAGGGUGCCAAAUAAAAAACUAACAAAUUCUCAAAACAUAAAUGAUACUAACACAUCAAUAUUGACUCAACAAAACCAAUUAUACCAGCAAAAUAUACAUGAGGCAGAAGCAGAAUCUUUUGUAACUAUAGGAGAUGCUGUUUCAGCUAUUGCCACAUCAAGGCAGAAUCAUCAAUACCAAUCAAGUAAAUUAUCUGAAAAUAUCACCCCUAAUAUCCCUGGAUUGAUCAAAAGUAAGAAUGAGGUUAAUACCCCAAUUAAUCAAAGAAAACCUGAUAACUUCUACAGCUAUAUGACUACAAACGAACCAUUACCUAUACCAAGUGAAGAUAUAAAUGCCACUAAAUAUUCUUUACAUACUACAUCAAUAGAUAAAGAUUCAAGUAUUGCAGGUGAUAUUGAAACCCCAUCAAAGAAAAUAAAUCAGUACAUAUCAAAUAAUCAAAAACAGGCAGAAAAUUCAACUCAUGUUUCCACCGAAUCAUCUAAGCAAUUACUCAAAGUAGAAAAUUUACUUGAAAACAAAAAAGAAUCUACUAUUGAGUCAAGUGCUACAGCCAAUACCAUUUCAAAUAUUGAACCUCAAGCUAACUAUGAUGGAACAGUUGAAAAACGAAAACCUAAAAGAGCAUAUGUCAGACGGCAAAAUAAAACAGUCAAGACAGUUAAUAUGAAAGAUGCAAAACCCAAAAGGCCAUAUCAACGAAAGAAUAAGGCUAAUGCUAUACAAGUUGCAAAAGAUAAAAUAAAUUCUGAAAACAUUCAGAAUUGUAAAAUGGAUAAAUCAAAAAAGAAAAAUACCAGCAGUGAACCUGUUAUUUAUACCGAAACUGUAAAAGAUACCAAGAAUAUUCAAAAUACUACUAAUUUAUCUAAUCAGAUACCUAAAGAGUAUUGUCAAUAUGAAACAAACCCCUAUGAAAUGAACACUGUAGCAAAAUCUGUAAAUACUGAAUCCAUGAAUGCUAUUCCUCUGUCAAUUGAAAAACAAAAUGAGGGUCCUAGUACUGCCAAUACUAUUACUACUACUGCUGCUGCUGCUAAAAAAGCACCAAAACGUGUUUCACGCAAACCAAAAAAACAGAACACUGUAAUAAAUACAGAAUCUAUAUCUAAGGCUAUUAUUACAAAUACUGAAGAUAAUCCUAUAGAAGAAGAAAAGACGGAAAAUGAGGCAAUGGGCCAAAAUAAGCCAACGAGUGAAGAAAUCCAGUCUAUUCCAGAUAUUGCUUAUGCCGAAAGUUCAAAUAGGCCAUUCAAACGCGUAUCAAAACGUAAAAUAAUCGAUCUUGAACCGUCUAUGGCAGAUAACGUUGCUGAAGAAAGUUCCAGUACAAAGCGUAUACGUCAAAAUAAACAAAAGCAGUCUAUUAAUGAAUUUAAACCAACAAAAUAUAUUCAAUUUGAAAAAGAAGAAGAUAAGAUUUCAUCUGAAGAUCUUAUAGAAAAGGAUAAUGCAAUGACGAUAAACCAAACACACUCUAGACCCAGAAGAAGUGUCAGAGAUGCAAAAAAGGAAAAACAAAAUUAUGUUAUUGAUGACUAUGAAGAAGGCAUGUUGUUUGAGGAAGAGGAAGAGGAAGAGGAAAAUGAAAAUGAAAAUGAAAAUGAAAAUGAAAAACUUAAAGCAUUACUUGAAAAUAGUGAGAGUUAUCUUACAGAAGCAGAUUUAAGGUCUUUAAUACCAGAAUUACUUCAAAAGCUUCCAAAAGAAGAGUUACAUGAACUCACAGCGUUGUUGCCAGAGCCAGAUGUUAUUGGAAAGGGGAAAGAUCGUGAAAUUGCUCCUAACUUUGCAUCUAUUUCUAACAACCACUUUUGGGAAGCUGUGGAUCGAUGGCAGGAGGUGCUACUUAUGGGUGGUUUUGAUCAAAAGAAAAAGCUUGAAAAACAACCUGAAGUUGAAGAAGAUACUUCCUUUAAGGAUGAUAAUUACGAAGCAUAUUGGGGGGAACGUCUUGAACGAGACCGUAAACAAAAAGAGAGGAAGACAUAUAUGGCAAAUAAUGCAUCUGACCGUGGACGUGGACGAGGACGAGGACGUGGACGAGGACGUGGACGGGGUCGUGGAGGAGCGGCUAACAAAGACUAAGGAAAGGAGUUAUUCUGUUUAUUUUUAUUUAUUUUUCAUUUCACGAGUAGUCUAUGUAUAUUUAUUUAUUUCUUCUUCUUUUGUUUACAAGAAAGGAAGAAGAAAAAGCAUAUAGCAUUGUUUUUUUUUGUACUUGUACAUAAGCAUUCAUAUAUGUUUGUUUUUAAAAUAAUAAUAAUAAAUGAAAUAUUAUUUACAUUAA